AUGUGCUACGACCGCUACGUUGCCAUCUGCAAACCCCUGCACUAUGGGACCCUCCUGGGCAGCAGAGCUUGUGCCCACAUGGCAGCAGCUGCCUGGGCCACUGGGUUUCUCUAUUCUCUGCUGCACACAGCCAAUACAUUUUCCCUGCCCCUGUGCCAGGGCAAUGCCCUGGGCCAGUUCUUCUGUGAAAUCCCACACAUCCUCAAGCUCUCCUGCUCACUCUCCAACCUCAGGGAAGUUUGGCUUCUUGUGGUUAGUUGCUGUUUAGGGUUUGGUUGUUUUGUUUUCAUUGUGUUCUCCUAUGUGCAGAUCUUCAGGGCUGUGCUGAGGAUCCCCUCUGAGCAGGGACGGCACAAAGCCUUUUCCACGUGCCUCCCUCACCUGACCGUGGUCUCCCUGUUCCUCAGCACUGGCAUGUUUUUCUACCUGAAGCCCCCCUCCAUCUCCUCCCCAUCCCUGGACCUGGCCCUGUCAGUUCUGUACUCAGUGGUGCCUCCAGCACUGAACCCCCUCAUCUACAGCCUGAGGAACCAGGAGCUCAAGGACUCUUUGAGGAAAAUGAUGGCUGGCUUUAGAGGCAAUAAUAAA